GUAAAACCCAGGGCAGAUUGAGAAAGUGUAGAAAAUACUUUAUUCAUUCAGUUCAACUUCUAKUUAUAAUCUUGAAGUYAUUUUUUUUAUUAAUUUCAGGAGUUGACAGCAGAAAAUWUGACUUUGAUUAGCGCUGCUAGGAAGUCUGGCAACAUMAUGAGACGCCAUCAUCAAUGUGUUUGCUGAUGCUACAAUAUCUUCAUUUYAGGAAGAAAUGAGACUCCGCGGCUGGUUGUUUUUAUUCUCAGUCUUUACACUAACAUGUCAAGAAGCGUCCAGACAGUAUUUGAUAAGGAUGAUAGGAUCUGASGAGGAGAAAGGACGGAAAAUACAGCGAUUAUCAGCAUGUUCCGCCGUGAAUCGGUGCAGUUUUCAGGCUCCGGUAACAAAGAGCAGAAAGCUUCAGAGAUUUCCAGAAGCUGAACACGAAGAGAAACUAGUCCGCUACGGAUCCACUACACUGUCGGCCCGCAGCGCUGAUCCAACACGGAGAUUUCAGCUGUUUUAUGCCGCCGAGAAAACACAAAGUUUUAAAGUCCAUGWUGCUGCGAWGAGCCCCGGACGCGGUUGAGUCUCCACGGUUCUCAUGGUGCGUUUAAGUGCCGCGCGCUGCUCCGGGUUUCUCAUUUCCACUCUGACUGUUGUUGAAUCGCCAGCAGAAGAUGGCAGAAGUCGCUCCAGCUCCACCGCCCGUCGCCGCUCCAGCCAAAGCGGCCAAGAAGAAGGCCCCCAAGCCCAAGAAGAGCGGCCCCAGCGUCGGCGAGCUGAUCGUGAAAACCGUGGCCGCUUCCAAGGAGCGAGGCGGCGUGUCGGCGGCCGCCCUCAAGAAGGCUCUGGCCGCCGGAGGAUACGAUGUGGACAAAAACAAAGCCCGAGUCAGGACCGCCAUUAAGAGCCUGCUCACCAAGGGAACCCUGGUCCACACCAAGGGAACCGGGGCCUCCGGCUCCUUCAAGAUGGGCAGCAAGGCCGAGACCAAAGCGAAGAAGCCCGCGAAGAAACCCGCUGCUAAAGCGAAGAAACCCGCGGCGGCGAAGAAACCCGCAGCAGCGGCGGCCAAGAAGCCCAAGAAAGUAGCAGCCAAGAAGCCUGCUGCUGCUGCUGCCAAGAAGUCUCCYAAGAAGGCUAAGAAACCGGCAGCCAUCAAGAAGGCAGCGAAGAGCCCUAAGAAGGCGGYCAAGAAGGCCACUAAGAGCCCUGCGAAGGCAGCAGCCAAGAAAGCUCCAGCGAAGAAGACCGCUAAGCCCAAAGUCAAGAAGGCAGCAGCCAAGAAGUGAACUCCAUCCCUCACAGACAUCAACUAAACAAAGGCUCUUUUAAGAGCCAACACUGCAACGCAUAAGAGCUCAUUCCGUUACUUAUAAUCAACAUAUAUAUUUUCUUCAAAUAAAGUUGAUAGGAACUGGU